ACCUCGUGAAAAAAGUGCAACACUCUUGCUGCUUGCGUCCUUCUUGUUCGGUUUGUCACGGAGAACCCAGGCCAGGAGCUGGGCAUGAAAGGAUUAAUAGACACACUGCCGAGACCAACUUUUCGUGUGGUUCAUUCUUGCUAGCAAGAGGAAAAACUUUUGCCGCAUGAAGUUGGUCUAUUGGGCAACGCGUUGUUAGUUCGAAACUGUGUCUUUCUGAAUACAGUUUUGGUUAGUUGAUCGGAUAUAGCUUGAUAUACCGUCCACCGACUGGUCACAAUGAGCAGCUCUGAGGAGGUAUCGUGGAUAUCCUGGUUCUGCAGCCUACGUGGAAAUGAAUACUUUUGUGAGGUUGAUGAAGAUUACAUUCAGGAUAAGUUCAACUUGACUGGACUAAACGAGCAUGUGCCUCACUACCGUGCCGCACUGGAUAUGAUUCUAGACUUCGAACCAACCCGUGAUGACGAGAUGGAGGAUAACCCAAGCCAGAGUGACCUCAUCGAACAGGCUGCCGAGAUGCUGUAUGGCCUGAUUCAUGCACGGUACAUAAUGACCAAUCGUGGCAUCUCGCAAAUGAUUGAGAAGUACCACCAGGGUGAUUUUGGACACUGCAGCCGGGUAUUCUGUGAGAAUCAGCUCGUGCUACCUAUUGGCCUAUCCGACAUGCCAGGGGAGAGUAUGGUCAAGUUGUAUUGCCCUAAAUGCGAAGACGUCUACACGCCCAAAUCAUCUCGGCACCACCAUGUUGAUGGCUGCUACUUUGGCUCCGGAUUUCCACACAUGCUGUUUAUGGUGCACCCGGAACUCCGGCCGCAGAAGAACCCAAACAGCUUUGUACCCAGAUUAUACGGAUUUAAGAUUCAUCCGUUGGCUUACCAGUAUCAGCUACAGGCCGCCCAGCGUCAUCAGCAGCAGCAGCAGAUGAAUGGCUCGCGCCCGAAAGGACAGCAGAAACCCCAUUACAAGUAGAAUAUGCGUGUGUGUCAUCGAGACAUUACAAACGCUUUGCUGUGCAACCGUUCCUCCGCGGGCGCCUGCUCUCCAUUCACCUCUCCUGCUUUCGGCUCUCUGCGUAGUGUAACCUUGAGGUUUUUUCUUAGCCUUGACUCGUCGUCAGUGAUGCUAGUUAUCGUCGAGGCGGAGUUGUGUCCUGCGGGCUUUAGGAUCAGUCUCAGAGCUACGUAUUGGACAGGAGUGCAGUUAACUUCUGCUUGUGCUCUUGGUCAGUUUCACAUCUGUACAUGUUGCCUGUUCGUGCAGACUGCUAUUCGGCUGGGCAUUAUUGUCCCGUUGGAAAUCGUUACCACCCUGUAUGAAGUGUUUUCUGCUUCCUCCUCGAUCUUCCUAAAUCCUGGCUUAUUUUAUCUGAAGAUUUGUUUCAUUGGCUCUUGGUUGGCUUUCAAACUGCUUCUGAAUUGUGCCCUGUUCGUGUUUCUAUUGUUUUCUCUGCCUGGUGUCUUUUUCGGUUUUUAACUCUACACACCGUGCUGUUCACUCAGGACAUCAACCUAAACUUAAUAAUUAUUGCGGUAACGUUAAACUCGGCUCUGAAUGCAUGAAGUUUAGACCUAUAAAUUCGGGACAUCUCUGGAGAGAGUGUGCGUGCUUUCUCUGUACAACAAUGUACAUACUUCUUAUGUAUGGCCAUCCAGCUUGUGUGUAUCUAUACGUGCAAGCCUCUGUCUGCCGUUUAGCCGCUAUUUUUGUCUGGUUUUGUUUUGUUUUAGACCCUAUUCUCCUUAUAACCGGAUCAAAGCCAA